GUUUCUCCUCAUGCAUUAUAAACUAAGUCUGUUCAUUAAAUAUAAAGUCAAAAUGUAACUGUCUCAGAAAGAGUUUUCCGUUUAAAAUGUUACUAAGGUGUUUCCCCGUGACUUAACGUCACGUGCCGGAAUGUAGUUCCUAGUCAUUGAGAAAGAUUUCAAAAUGUCAUAGCCCCAAUCCAAACAGUGCUACACAGACUAAGACUAACCAAGUUUUCAUUCAGCAUGAGGAUAUUAUUGACGACACUUCUAGUCUUCUUAACGACACACCGUUACGAAGCAGCCAAAAAGAUCUCAAGUGUUAUUACAGCUGACACCAGGAAUUUGCCGGUACAAACUUGCAAGAAAGGAAAAUUUUUUUCCGAUAAGAGACAAGAAUGUGUGACUUGCAAAAAGUGUGAUUUAUUUUCCCAGGAGGUGCAGGCUUGCAGCGCCACUUCUAACACCAUUUGUGUACAAUGUUUGAGCGACACCGGCGACUUAAGUAAAAAAUACAAUCAUCCUGUGUGCAAACUCUGCAAACCUUGUGGGGCUGGUGAAUAUGUCGCAAGACCUUGCAAUUAUGAAAAGAUGCAAAAGACAAAAUGUAAACCUUGUGAAUCUGGUUCUUUCAAAGUGAUGACGUCAUUCUCCCCUUACUGUGUACCGUGCACAGACUGUGGCAAUAUGAUUGAGUUGGAGCAGUGUACAUCGUCCAGGGAUACAUCCUGCGGUCAGUGUAAACCUGGUUAUUUCCUGGACAGAAGUCGAUACAGCUGUUUUCCAUGUAGGUCAUGUAUGGACGGGGAGAAGACAAGAGAAGAGUGUGAAAAUGGGGACCCCGGAAAACUGUGUGGUGGAAUGGUCCUCAGGCCGCCGAUCAAAUACCCCAACUAUUUGGCAGCUCAGAGCAUUGUUAACAAUGUCAAGACAACUCUUACAACCAUAACAACCUUUUCAACCACAACAGCCAUUACAGACAAAGCCACAACAUCGACAAAUGCAGCAUUUCUACUGCUGAGCAGCGUCGAAAGCCAGCUUCACGAAUGGGCUUUGCUGGUUGCAGUCGUCAGCCUCAGCCUCGUUUUCGUCGCCGUUCUUGUCGUCUGCAUUACAUUCCUUGGUAUCAAGCUGCGCAUGCUCGACCGGCCAGCGAUGCCGCCGGAAAAACGGUCAAACCUAACAGAUAAUACUUUAAUUGUAUUACACUGUGAGGCGGCCAGUGGCUCCCACCUGUCAAAAUACUUCGAAAAGGAUCCAGCAGCUAACAGUUUGUAUUCCGAAUCUAUUUUUAGUGAUGAUUUGGCAAAACAAUGGUAUUUCGUAAAAAACUAAAAGAUGUAAAAUGUUUUUUUUUCUAUCAUUUAUUAGUUAUCAAUCAAAAGUUAUAAAGUCUACCAUUAUUAAACAUGUUUAAUGUAUAAUUGCAGGGCCAGAUUUACAUGUAAACAACAUAAGCUAUAGCGUAGGGCUCAUAUAAAAUAUUUAGCACUGACAUAUAGUAUCUGGACUUAUAAAUUGACUCGAAUGGGCCCCAUAUCUCAAACAGCUUAGGGUCUUUUCAAGUUUAACCACGGUAGUGUGUAAUGGUAUCAAAGGUAUCUCGCCUAAAUGUAGUGGUUUAUCGCGAGCACAUACACUCAGAUUCUGUCAGUACACAUAUCUGUGGUAUUUUACGUCAUGGCAAAACACAACUCUACGGGUCAAAGGUUAGGCUCUUUAGUAAUGCAUGGUUUUCAGCCUUCUUUCUUCUUCUGGUGUUUACAUCAUAUCUGCGAUCCCGGAACUCUCCUUUAUGAUUGAAGUUAAUGUGGAUCUAUUCUGUGCAUCUUGUUCCUAACUGAUGGAGUUGAUUCUAAAGAGUUUGCAUACAUCAGUAUAAGUGGACGAUCUCUACAAUACACAUAUAAUUUCGAUGAAUGCGUUGUGAGGGCCCACUUCUUGGUAGACAUGGACAUGUGCUGAUAGAUGGAAUGAUCUAUCUCAUUCAAAGUGUAAUCAAUAUUACCAACAGUGAUAGAAUUUAAAAUGGUGGGUUCAAUGAACUUUUAAAAAAAAACUAUAUCGACCUGUAAAUACUGUAUAAACACACGAUAAUGCACACUUAACAUUCAACAGUAAUAUGUUAGAAUGCCCGGAAGUAGUAUGUUAGAUUGGCAGGAAGUAGUAUGUUAGAAUGCCCGGAAGUAGUAUGUUAGAUUGACAGGAAGCAGUAUGAAAGUAAAAUUUGGGUAAGCUUCAGUUGUUGUUUUUUCUAUGUAAUGUGGCUAAUCUAAUAUUAGUUGGAAAUGAUUCUGAAAUACUUUUAACAUAUCAAACGCAACUCAGAGAUUUACUAAAGAUGCAAUUUGUUUAACUUAUCUUCUAAAAUGUUGUCGUGCAUGACGAUAUCUUAUUAUGUUGUAAUUUUAUUAUGUUUUUUUAUUCAUUGCUAUGGUUUAUUUAUGAUUGAAAUAUGAACACUUGAUCAUGGACAUAUCUUAAGAUGCAAACAGCAUUUGUUAUUUAUACCUCUCCAAUACAUACAUCGAUUUAUUGUUUAUUUUGUAAUUAGAAAAACAUAUAGGCCUACGUGUUAUUUAUUGUGAUGCAUAUAUUUUAUAUUUAUCAUAAAAACAAUAAAUUAUUUCAAACACAGUUGUUAAUUUUUCAAAGUCUUCAUCGGUGUCACUACACUAAAGAAUUUAAGAUUAAUAGAACAGAAAUGUUUUUCUUAAAUUCAAACUAGCUAAUUUCUAAAUAAUUCUUGCAUUUGAACAAACUUAUGAAUAAUUUAGAUUAGUAUAAUCUUGUAUCCCACCGCUGACACCUUGUUAAAUAAGAUACAAGCUCAGAAUAAAGCAAUAAGUGAGCAACUCACUGUUAUCGUCAAGACGGAAAUGUCUACUUUAUUAUACUGAGCGACCGCACCUUUCUGCAUCAACAAGUAGAAUUUGCAUUUCAAAUCUCAGUACCUCUAUUAGUAACCCCUUGUUAACGACUUUAAUAUUAAAUAUGUAUCGAAGUAAAAUCCUUAAUAGUUUCUGUUACAACUGUUAGUACAUCUACUAUUUAUGUGUGUUCUAGUUCGCUCUUUAUUUUAAUAGCAGUGUUAGUGUUAAUGCUUCAACAGCAAGCCUUUUCAAAUAUAUUUUUUUCUAGCUAACUAGAUAAAAGUUCAAAUAAGCUUGAACAUAACGAUGAAUACGUUCAUUAUACAUUUCAAACGUAAUUUAUAAUCAUUUAUUUUGUUAUUUUUAUCUUAUUAUCUUAUCUUAUUUUUUUUAUUUUAAUUCAUGCUUGUUUUUUGUUUGCUUAAGUAAAGUGUUGACAAACGACAAACAAACAAUAAAUCAUAUGUUUGAAAAUAUUGAAAACUUCAUUAAAAAAUAUAUAAUAAACAAAAUAUGAUUUCUGUU